AUGAUACGCAAACUAUUAAUAACAGAUAUGGAGGAGAAGGUGACUGAGACCCUCAGAAUCCUGCAUGAUGAUGGGGACUCAUUUGCCAAGAGAGCAGAAAUGUAUUACAAGAAGAGGCCAGAGCUAGUAAAUUUUGUGGAAGAAACCUUUAGAGCAUAUAGAGCCUUAGCAGAGAGAUAUGAUCAUUUAUCCAAGGAGCUCCAAAGUGCCAACCGCACUAUUGCCAGUGUCUUCCCAGAACAAGUUCCAUGUCAAAUUGAUGAAGAUGAUGAUGAUGAUGUUACUGAUACAUUAACAAAUCGAUCAUCUCCAGACUCCAACAAUCAAAUAAAUAAAUCAGUGACUGUUCCUCAAGUUCCCAAGAUCCCUAAGAAGGAUUUUAGAAGCCCUUCCAUGUUGCUCUCUAGGAAGGGCCCACCUAAGAGGAGUACUAGCUAUGCAAAAUAUGUUCCAACAGCUCCAAGAUCAGGUCUUACCGAGGUUGCAGCACUUGCUGAAAUUGACAAGCUUCAGAAAGAUAUUUUGGCGUUGCAGACUGAGAAAGAGUUUGUAAGGAGUUUGUAUGAACGUUCCUAUGAAAAGUACUGGGAAAUCGAAGACCAGAUCACAUCUGUGCAAAAAAGAGUUUGCAGCUUGCAAGAUGAGUUUGGUGUUGGUACAGUCAUAGAAGAUGAUGAUGCUCGAGCUUUAAUGGCAGCCAGAGCUCUAAAAUCAUGCCAAGAGACCCUGGCUAAGUUGCAAGAGAUUCAAGCACAAUCAUCUAAAGAAGCUAAAGUGGAGUAUGAAAGGGUUAAGGAAGCUCAUGAGAUGUUUGAAAACCUUAGAGACCAAUUCAUUUCUAAAUAUAUGAGUCAACAAGACCAAGAUAAUGAGGACAAAUGUUGCAUAAGAACAGAAGAAAAAAACAUAGAUGAAGAGAUGGCUAGCUUGGAGCAAGAGGAGCAUGAUAUUGAACUGUUGCGAGAGAAGAUUAAAGAAAAAUUGGAGGAAGAUUCAGGUAACAACCUCACUGUGACUGAAAUGGCUGAGUGCAUUGAUGAGCUUGUAAAUAAGGUUGUUAACUUGGAAACUGCAGUCUCUUCUCAGACUGGUUUGGUAAAGAGACUGAGCUCAGACACAGAUGAACUUCAGACAAAUAUAAGGAAGUUGGAAGAGGAUAGGGAAAUGCUCAUAGAAGGUUCAGAAGUUACCAACAAGAAGCUAAAAGAAUUGGAGGAGGAAUUGAGGAGAGUUAAACUUCUCAACCGAAGUGUCAAAACCCAAGGCAAAAGCCUCCAAACACACUUUACUGAAGCUAGCUGUAAUCUUGAGCUCCUUUCUGGAAAAUUGAAUAAUAUGAAGCCAGAUGUGGAGGAUGAGAAUCUGGUACUUUACAAGAAGAAGAAAAGUGCUACUGAUGAAAAACAUGGUGAUGAAUUGUCAGUUGAAGACUCAACGGUCAUGAAGGAUGUGAAGACAAUAAAUGAAGAUGCUGCUGCAAAUGUGGAUGAUAACAAGUCCAAUUUGAGCGAAAGUAGUAAUUUUAUGACUAAAAGGAUUCAAAAGCAGGUACAACAGGAUAAGGAUGAUAUGUCUGACACAGUGAGCAAUCUCGACAUUGAAUCUCAGGAUUUGGAUAUUGGUGAGGAAGAUGAACCUAACUGGAGGCAGAUGUUUAUAAGUGGAUUAGAUGAUAGAGAAAAGAUUCUGUUGGAGGAGUACACAUCAGUUUUAAGGAACUACAAGGAUGUCAGAGUGAAGCUCAAUGAUGUGGAAAAGAAAAACCGGGACAGCAUUUUUGAGUUGGCACUUCAGCUAAGGGAAUUGAAGAAUGCUCUUGGCACGAAGGACAAAGAGAUACAGUUUUUACAUCAGAAGCUGAACGGUCCAGACACAAAUCCUGAUGCAAGUCCCUACACCCUUACCACUGAAUAUAAAUAUACCCCCCAUGAAGCGCUUCUUCAAAAAGGAGCUCAUGAAGCUAACAUGCACGAAUCUGGAGUUUCACCUUUAAGUUUAGAGGCAAAUACAGUGAGAACUUCUUUCGCCGAACAUGUUGAAUCUGAAAGCAAAGAAAAUCUUAUCUUAUCAUCUACCUUAGAGAAGCUAAUGGCAGACCAGGAUAAGCGCCAUGACCUUUCAAACUUGGAAAAGAAAUUCCGUUCAGAUAUCGAUGACCUGUUGGAGGAGAAUCUAGAGUUUUGGUUGAGGUUUAGCACUUCAGUUCAUCAGAUUCAAAAGUUUCAAAACUCUAUCCAAGACUUAAAAGCAGAGCUGAGGAGAAUAAAGGAAAACAAUAGGUCUGAAGGGCACUCACAUUCUAGACAUCAGUCCAUACAAUCUCAGAUUAGGCCAAUAUUCAGACACCUGAGAGAGAUAAGAACUGAGUUAUCACUGUGGCUGGAACAUAAUGCAGUGUUGCAGGACGAACUGCAAGGUAGAUAUUCAUCCUUGUGCAACAUCCAAGAUGAAAUAGCAAGAGCAGGUAAUGCAGAAUCUGGUGCUGAAAAAGGAGAGCUAAUAAGUGGGUAUCAAGCUGCAAAGUUUCAGGGUGAGAUUAUCAACAUGAAACAAGAGAACAGUAAGGUUGCAAGUGAACUACAAGCAGGUCUUAGCCUUGUGAAGGGAAUGAAAAAUGAUGUUGAGAAGACACUAGAUGAGCUUGAUCAAGCUAUUGGGAUUAAUAAUAAUCAUGGGUCCACGAAACAGUCACCAAAUCGUGCUCGAAUACCCUUGAGGUCUUUCUUGUUUGGAGUCAAAUUGAAGAAGAAGCAUCAUCAAUCGCUGUUUUCAUGUGUUAAUCCGGCACUGCAGAAGCAAUACAGUGUCAUUGAUCAAAAUAACGCCCCAAUAUAG